AUGAAAUACCACACUGCUCCUACUGGCACGGCUGACACUAUUACACGCGGGCGGGUAGAUCCCUCAAAUGCACUGGCACUCACACAUUCAGGACAUGCCACAGAUGUGGCAUUGACACAUGGAGAAUCCAAUACCGACGUCACAGACUCCGACAACUCCUGCGAUGGCGGUGAAGAAAAGGGAACUUGGAUCGAGCACGAUACACGGUGGAUAACAGAUGGAAAGACAACUGUCGAGCGGUCUAUUCGUUUCAAGCUAAACGAGAACGAGUCGCGUCUAGAAUCUAGACGCCGUCUGAGGCGCAUCUUGUGCUACGAGUCUGAUUCUGGCUACGACUCUGACACAUCUGACUCGGAACAAAAGCCCACGUAUAAUCAACACGAGACACACUGGUAUAUGGAUGGUAAUGUCCAGCUUCAGAUAGGUGCUACCUGCUUUAGGCUGUACCAAAGGCGCCUGUCAUCACAAUCUCUAUGGUUUAAAACUCUUCUAGAAAGGCAUUAUAAUGAGCUCGAAGGUAACAAUUUUGAUGAUCAGGAAGAGAUCGAUCGAGUUGUGGAUACCUGUGUCGUGGUCGAAGGGUGUGUUCACUUUAAACUCGAUGGAGUUGGUACAUUCUCUUCAAAUGGAUCUGGUGUAUCUGCCGAGGACUUCGCUGUCUUUUUGACCGCCAUGGAUGAUGGGAUCCAUCAUCUGGCUAACAGGCCCACCUUCUCAGAGCUACAGACUAUCUUGAAGGUAGCACUGGCUUUUCGGUUUACUUCAUAUACGGACACUUUGGUGUACGCUAUUGGAGAGAUGUUCGCAGCCGAGCCUGCCGAUCUGGACCCGUAUAUCCUCCGUCAUUCUGUGAAUGGUAUACGACUAUACAGAGACUACGGACAUCUGUAUCCCGAGCUUUCCCACAUCCCUUGUUGUGCUUUCUAUGUUCUGGCAAGAGGCAACUUUCCUGCGUCAUCUAGCGAUAUGAUUGGUCAAGGCUUUACCACUGAGAUCGAGUCAGACACUAAUGUCAAUAUGGAGAACCUCAGCCAGCACGACCUUGUUCUGCUCAUGGAUAUCCAGAAGCGCCUUUCAUGGUCCUGGGAAAAUAUCAUCGACUCCGUUGCCUCAAUCGAGUUCCCCAGCAUAGAAGCGGAAAAGAUCAUCUAUGACGUUGUCACUCUGACUCGCAAGAAAUAUCCGUUCGAUCCUAUCAAGGGUAUAGAGUGUAUUUCUGAGGAGAGUCGAGUGACCGAGACCUGCUAUACCAUCAGAAACAUGCUCUUAAACACGUUGGAAGAAGAAAAGAUGAAGAUCUGGGAAAAUAUGAACGUAUGGCUGAAAAUCGACGCGUAG